AUGUUUGAGACUAUCUAUGGUCUUUCUUACAGCUUCUUUCCACCGAAGCUAAGUGGGAAAGUGAGGGAAAUAUUACCUUUGAUGCUGCACGAGUCUGCCUUUCUUCUAUCUAACGCACGUUCAGUUGACCACCCUGAACCCAUUCCACGGAGUCCAGAUUACGGCAUUGUUGAAACUGGCAAAGCUUGCGACCGUGGUCAUAACUUGCAAGAUCCCCUCAUACACCCCACUACUGCUCUAAUAGCCGUAGUUAUGUCGGGCGAGUGGAUUAUCACAGUAUACACAAUUGGCCUCGGAGAGUCAAGCACUCCUGACCAUCAUGUCACUAUUAGUGGACCUCACCUGAAAUUGCCGUCGGAAUCCAAUGAAAAGGUGUACAAUGGUCAGGGUACCACAGACACCCCCGUUCUCUCUGACGUCAUUGCGGGAAGGACUGGAUUAAGACAGAUUACCAACGCUGACCUUGGACUGAAAGAUAGUCACAGUGAUUCCAUCCGCAAGCACACAACGGCGGGAUACAUGGAAGCGACAAUGGCAGAAUUUCCUGCGAAAUCUGGAGCUGAAACCCUUCAUGAGGCGGGAUUUUCGCCAGCAGCCAUUGCCAUCACGAUCUGUGGAAUACUUUCGUUCCUGGCCCUGGAAAUCGGAAUCUCUGCCAUGGUUGUUUGCCGACGCAGAAUGCGGGAAUUCGACUUCAAUGUUGCUGCAGAAGGGGACGAAAGUGUCUCAAAAACAGUUUGUACGCUGAAACCCGUUUUUUGCGUUCCUCUCACAUAG